AUGACGAUGGCCGAUUACAACGCAUCCUCCGACUACCUGCCUCCAACACACCAGCAGCGCGAGCGCACCGGCAGCAUGUCUCUCGGCGGACCACCGCCUACCAGCGAGAAUGGAGCUCCUACAAACGGGACCGGCCCCAUCGGCAGCCCAACGGCUGGCCCUCCGAACACGCAGCCAUCCGAUGUCUCUAAGCAAGUGCAGGAGGUGCUAUCUUCAGAGAUCGGUGUUGCUACGAUGCUCAACAGACUCAAGCAAAGCAUAGCUUCGGCCAAGGAGUUUGCAUUGUUCUUGAAGAAGAGAUCGGUUCUGGAGGACGAGCACGCCAAUGGCCUCAAGAAGCUGUCAAAGAUGACCACGGACAGCAUGCGCCGGCCCGACCACCUGGGCGGCUCCUUUGGUGUAGCUUAUGACGACAUGAUGGCCAUCCACGAGAGAAUGGCCGAGAAUGGCAUGCAGUUCGCCAUGUCACUACACCAGAUGCACGAAGACUUGCUCGAGCUCGCAGCCAUCGCAGAGAAGAACAGGAAGGGCUGGAAACAGAACGGCCUGGCAGCCGAGCAGCGCGUAGCAGACUUUGAGAAUGCCAUGAGGAAGUCACAGUCGAAAUACUACUCUCUGGCGGAGGAGUACGAUCGAGCCAGGACUGGGGACACCAGCGGACAGAAGGGGAAGGUGUUCGGAUUCAAGGGCCCUAAGUCGGCUGCGCAACACGAGGAGGAUCUGCUACGCAAAGUCCAGGCUGCCGAUCAGGAUUACCAGAACAAGGUCCAGACAUUGCAGGCAGAACGUGGAGAGCUUGUGGCGAGGACACGACCCGAGGCUAUCAAGGCACUGCAAGAUAUCAUCAAGGAGUGCGAUUCAGGAUUGGUGCUGCAGGUGCAGAAGUUUGCGUCAUUCAACGAGAAGCUGCUUUUGAGUAAUGGCCUGAGCAUUUCUCCGCUCAAGGCGCAGAAAGGACAGCAGCAGGGCCAGUCCGAUGCACGCAGCCUGCGGGAGAUCGUGCUAGCUAUCAAUAGCGAGAGCGACCUGAACGAUUUCCUCAGCGCUAACCACAGCAAGGUGCCGCCACGCUCGGGCCCCGUCCCAGUAAUGCCCGCCGCCCAACGGCCGUCUUCCAGGGGCAGCUUCCAGCAUGAACGCAGCUUCAGUCACAGCAGCGCCUUCUACGACCAGCAGCAGCAGCAGCAGGGCUUGCCCGCACCUCAGGCACAACAGCAGCCCGCCCAACAACAGCAACAAUUCGCUCCUCGGAAUUCGGGUCAGAUCGCCGUACCAAAUUCCAAGUUCAACAACGGCAACAUGGGCGGUUCAAUGAGCUCGCAGCAGCAACAGCCGCAGCAGCAACAAGGACCGCCUCAAUUGGGGGCGCUGUCGUUCCAAAAUGCGCCGCCCCAGCAGCAACCCGCGCACCAGAAGCAGCACUCUCUGGGAGGGGGUCCACUUGCGCAAAAUCCGCCGAGCCAGCAGGGGUCGUUUGGCAUGGCUCAAUCUCGAGGUCAAUCGCCUCCGCAGAUUGUACCAUCACGGCCCGUCUUUGGUGUUUCGCUCCAGAAGCUGUAUGAGAGAGAUGGACUGGCGGUGCCGAUGGUUGUUUAUCAGUGCAUCCAGGCGGUUGACUUGUUCGGUCUGACCGUGGAGGGAAUCUACAGGCUGUCAGGAUCUGUGCCUCAUGUGAAUAGGUUGAAGGCCAUGUUCGACACAGAUUCCAGCUCGCCCAAUCUGGACUUCCGAAACCCUGAAAAUUUCUUCCACGACGUAAACAGCGUAGCCGGGCUUCUGAAGCAAUUCUUCAGAGACUUACCCGACCCUCUGCUGACAAAAGAGCACUACUCCGGCUUCAUUGAAGCAGCUAGAAAUGACGACGAUAUUGUGCGGCGAGACUCGCUUCAUGCCAUUAUCAAUGCCCUACCUGAUCCCAACUAUGCCACCCUGCGUGCUCUCACAUUGCACCUCCACCGCGUGAUGGAGAACUCAGCGUCUAGCAGGAUGAACAGCCAGAACCUGGCUAUCGUGUUUGGCCCGACGCUGCUGGGCACCAGCGCCCAAGCUAACAUCGCGGACGCCGGCUGGCAGGUGCGUGUCGUGGACACAAUCCUACAGAACACGUACCAGAUCUUCGACGACGACUGA